AUGCAUUCCAACCUCAACCUUUCGAUCUUGGCUCUACUGGCCUCCGCCGCCACGGCCAAGCCCCUCGUUGACAAGAGACAAGAGGACCUUGCAUGGGGUCCUAUCUGUGGCUUCUACCAGACUACAAGCGAGAUCACCGGUACUACCAGCACCAUUUUCCCUGGGAAAAUGCCCUCGGGCCAGAAGGGGUACAUGUUCAACUGGAUCGGCAUCACAAACACCACAGGUGACCUAGUCCAAAGCGUCGUUGGCAGCUAUCCCUCCGGCCUGAGCGAGUGCGAGGGACAGGCCGCUGCCGACACAGCCUGGUGCGUCUCAUCCGAGGUUUACGGACUGAACGCUCAAGACCAGACCACCCAGUUUGUGGGCACCAAGACGACGGCCGACGCCAACUAUGAGAACGGAAUUAUCAUCAAGUACACUCUGGUCGACAAAGAGACGUACCUAUGGAAUCAGACCAUGCACGACGCAGUCACUGGCACUCUCCUUUCUACUUACCAAAAGACAUCGGGCGCCUUCUCGUUGUGGAAUACGGCGGUGGAGUUGCAAGAUCAAGACGGCAACUCCCCCACAGGCCUUACAGAGGACCAGUAUUAUUUGAAUACGACUAUUACUCUCGACCCCGCCGAUGCUGGCUAUGGCGACAUGAUGUACACCCAGAACGGCUGCACCCACACGACGCCUACCACUAGCGACGGUGGCAAGACUUUGAACACAUGA